GCAGAGUUAACUCCUCCAAGGCGUCACCACUUGUGUCUUUGUCUCCGGUUGUUACCGUUGACAUCAUGGUCCUCGACCACGCAGGUCGCCGAGUAAGCCAGGAGCGACGUGUAUCCAGAACAGACGUACAGGUCAACCGUGCAGACGGAGUAACAACGGGCACUCAGAAGACAAGAAGGCCAUCAGGUCGGCCGCGCUAUUCUGACAUUUCGUCCGAUGCGAAUGAGAACGUUGCUCCCAAGCCGGCGAAGAUGAAGCGAGGAACCAAGGCACGGCCCAUCGUUAUAUCCGACGACUCUGACACAGAAGGGGAAGACAAUGCUCCGUUGGCCAGACUUCCCAAACCAGACUUCUCUGCGAAAUCGCCUCGUCAGGCUCCGCAAAAGCACAGUCAAGGUUCAUCCUCCUCCUCACCGCUUAUCCGCUUGCAACGGAAGUCCAUACUCAAACAAACAGCUGCCCCAAAGGCUGCCUACGCGACAUCUGCUCUUCCACCACCAGCACCUGUAUUCGUUCCAUGGACGCCCAAACCCAUCGUACCUUCGUAUGCCCGCGCCUCCCCAUCCCCGUCCCCAGUCAUCAAGCCCCGAAGAGCCAUCCCCGAGCUGCAUAAUCGACCAUUCCUCGUUCCGGGCCAGCCGCCAUUUCUGCGUUCUGCCAAGAAACGCAAAGGCACGCCAUACCGUGCCCAGCGCGGCCGAGCCUCCAUCUUCCCUGCUCCCCCUUCCCCGCCUUCUCCGACGACACCCACUGACCUGACCUCUCCUUCGACUUCUCCAACCUUGCGCUAUCUCCGACGACACGCAAAUCGCGCACCUCCUGCCGCUCUGGAAGAAUGCGCGCAACAGACCCCCCACGAGUUCUCCGCCUUCAUUGACCUCUUCCCUAUGGACCCAAUCGUAUACAGCGAUUACCUCGAUGCCAAAACUAGUGUUGGCGGUGCCAAGGCACCAGCCACGUUCCAGAAGAUUGGCGAGGCGUCGUACUCAGAGGUGUUUGGCAUCGGCGAUGUCGUCUUGAAGGUCAUCCCGCUACGCGACGAAGAGCGCCCGGAUGUCUCUACGGAUGAUGAUGGACUGGAGUCUCCAGCGCCGAGUGAUGCAAGGGACGUGCUGAAGGAGAUCAUCGUCACUCGUGCAAUGGGAGAAGUGUGCCAUGGCUUUGUGAAGCUCCUGAGGACGUACGUGGUACGCGGCAGGUAUCCUUCGAUGCUGCUCGACCUCUGGGAUAACUAUAACACGAAGAAGGGCAGCGAGAGCGUACGACCAGAUACCUUCAACGUGUCGCAGCUAUACGCAAUCAUCGUCCUGCCCAACGGUGGGCCCGAUCUUGAGACGUUCACCUUCAAGACCGCGGCCAAGACGGGCUGGAAGCAGGCAUGCAGCUUGUUCUGGCAGGUCACACGUACGUUAGCAGAGGCAGAAGACCUCGUCCGCUUUGAGCAUCGCGACCUGCACUGGGGCCAGAUUCUGGUGAAGACGGGACCUACUACAUCCACGUCGCACCGAGGUUUGAGCAAGACGCCCAUGGACGACGAGUCGCAUGGCAUAGAAGCGACCGUCAUCGAUCUUGGCCUCGCUCGCAUGGAGACCUCGGACAGUGGCGGGACCGAGACGCAUUGGACGCCGUUCGAAGAAGAGAUUUUCGAAGGCGAGGGAGACUACCAGUUCGACGUGUACCGGAUGAUGCGGGUGCACAACGGUGAUUCCUGGAAAGCGUACCGUCCACUCACGAACGUCAUGUGGCUGCACUACCUCGCACAGAAGCUCCUCCACUCGAAGCGCCUCCGUCCCCCGUCCACCGCGAGGAAGACCACCACCCGGAUGAGCGAGCUCGCCUUCACAGAACGCGAGUGCUACAGCUGCCUCGUCGAGAUAGAGGAGCUGCUCGGCCGCUGCGUCGCGGCCUGCAAGCCCCAGCCCGUCAGCCGCAAGUCGAGGCGGAAGACGCAGGCGCCAGCGAAGGUGCCGAAGACGGUGGUAGACCCUACUGGCCCUGCGUGCGCCGGCGAUGUCCUUCAGUUGGCCAUCGCGAGGGGAUGGGUAUAUGCAGAGUGACGGGCGAUAGGACGUCGAACCUAAGUGCGAUACCUCAUCUAGCGGAUAUUCGGUUGUAGCGUUGGAGGAUCUAAGUUAUUACGACGCCAGCUGUAUCAUUAGGCUCUACGGACUGGUGCUGUUUCUUGCAUAGCUGUAGUUCAGGAACUACAAUGUGACUCGUCGAUUGUGUACAAGACCC